UUGUUUUCUGUUGCCUUCACAAAACCCCUACACAACAAAACUGUCGGCGACAUCAUUUCUCUCCUCCUUUCCGCGCAACUGUUUCUUCUUGGGCUUCGUGCUGAGGGUGUGGGGAGGUGAGAAGUGGCUCCGCCGACACAAACGCACACAAUGCUGCUUUGUCGCCGCGAUUCCGCUCGGUCUUUCUGCCUCUGGGCUUCCUUCGUGUUGCUCAACUCUCUGUUUGCCUCCGCCUUGGACAUACAUUGGUACCCCGCCACCGCCACCUGGUACGGCAGCCCCGAUGGGGACGGUAGCGACGGUGGGGCAUGUGGGUACGGAACCUUAGUGGACGUGAAGCCUCUGAAGGCGAGGGUGAGUGCAGUGAGCCCAGUGCUGUUCAAGAAGGGGCAAGGGUGUGGGGAAUGCUUCAAGGUGAAGUGCGUGGACAAGAGCAUUUGCUCGCGACGCGCCGUCACCGUAAUUGUGACGGACGAGUGCCCCGGCGGCCCCUGCGGGAAUGGGAACACCCACUUCGACCUCAGUGGCGCCGCGUUUGGGCGCAUGGCUAUAGCCGGUGAGGGUGGCCCGCUCAGGAACCGAGGCCAACUCCAAGUCGUUUACCGGCGGACAGCAUGCAAGUACCGUGGGAAAAGCAUCGGCUUCUAUAUCAAUGAGGGUUCAACAAAUUAUUGGCUUUCAAUCCAAGCACAGUUUAUGGAUGGAGAUGGAGACGUUGGAUCAAUGCACAUUAAACAAGAAAAUUCGGAGGAUUGGCUAGAGAUGACGCAUGUGUGGGGUGCAAACUGGUGCUUCAAUGGCGGACCUUUACAGGGACCAUUUUCUGUGAAGAUAACAACACUAACAACGGGAAGAAGUCUGUCUGCAAGAGAUGUAAUCCCCGGAAAUUGGUCACCAAAAUCCACGUACUUCUCCCGCCUCAAGUUCAUGUCCUGAAUGGUCAAAAGUCAACACACUUUAACGCCAACAAGGCAAGCUAGUUCCAAUGACAGAAAGUAAAGUAGAAACAGUUGUCGGUUUGGUGCUCUGGUUUUUUUUUUUUAAGGAGAAAAAACGUAGCCGUUUUAGUGCAUGUAUUAUUAAGGCAUCCGAUGCGCUUCUUUCUUCUAACUGUUGUGUAUGUGAAAGCCCCUCUCUCCAAAGGGAGAGAGAGAGCGUAUUCCGUAUUAUAUAUGUUGCAGUGUAAUUGUGGGGUCGCGUUGUUUUUAAUGAAUUUGGACCGUUGAAUGCA